AUGUUAAAAAUUAUUGAAUCACGAAUUAAAAAAGCUAAAAAAGUAAAAGAGUUUAAAGAGUUUCAAAGAGUAACAGAAUUGAAUGAUUCUAUUCAUGAAGAACUUGAUUUCCAUGAAAUGGUUAGGAAGAUGAGAGUAGAUUUAAUAAUUAUAAUUGUGGAAAUGGCUUUAUUGGAAAAAGACCAGAUUGAAAGUUUAAGAGAAAAAUUGAAUCUUGUUUAUGAUGAAAGACCUAAAGAUUUAGCGAUGAGGAUUUUAUUUUAUAAUUAUAAUGAAAUCCAAGAAUUAACAGGAGAUGAUUUGACAAAUGUAUUACAAGACGAAAAUAAGUUUCAGAUGUUUUACAACUCUUCAAUGAUUAAAAAAAAACAUUAUCAAUUAGAAAUUGGUUUUGUUUAUAAAAAAGUUAAAGAGAUAAAAACAAUUAUUAAAUCAAAAAUUGGUUUAAUUCACUUCUGCUAUUCAAAUUCAGUAUGUGAACAACCUCAUCAAAUGUUGAAUGAUCAAUAUGAUUAUUAUUGUUUAAUGUUUAAUGAUAUACAACACCCUUAUCGUUCUAUUCCUUUUGUAAAAAAUUUCUUUGCUUCUCCUCCAUUUUUAAAUUCAAUGUUCUCACGUUGUUUUUCAGAUGAAUGUUAUUCGAGAUAUUAUCAUUUUAAUAAUGGGAAUUAUGAAUGGUUGACAACCAAAAAAAAACCAAAGUUUAAAGAAUGUGAAUGUCAUCAUGGGAUUUUUGUUGAUCUUCAACAAAAUGAAACAGAAUGUCCAGAAUUUGGGAUAUGUUAUUCUGGGGAAAUUAAUAUAGCAGAUUUUCCUUUUGGAGUUGGUGCUGUGAGAAUUGCUUUUCAUGGAUUUGAUAUGGAUAAGAACGAAAUUAUCAUCAAACAAUUUAAAACCAAAAAUAUGAUGGGGUUUGAAAGUUAUGUUGAUACGGUUGCUAUGCAUCUUCAAUGUCAGUAUGUUAGUCAUUUAUUUGAGUCUUAUAUUAGUUUAUUGAAAGAAGGAAAAACAAUUGAAGAAAUUACAAUGUCAGAUAUUCUUUCAAGAAAAGAAGAACUCGAAUCAAAUAAAAACAGAAAAACAGAAAAUGAACAAAAAGAAAGAAAUGAACUUGACUCUAUUAAGAAAGUUACUUUUAUUCCUUUAAGAUUAUUUAUUGAAACUCCAAGAACAUCUUCACUCAGAAGACAAUUCUUUGAUUCAAAAAAAAUUAGUGUCAAUGAAAUUGAAAAAAUGGCAGUAGGCAAAACAAUAUGGUUUAUUGAACAACCAUUAGUUGGAAGUUUUGAAAAGUACAAUUCAAAUAACUCAAGCGUUAAUUAUUGUAACUAUAGUUAUACUAUGCAGUGUUUCUCUCAUUUUUCUUACUUUAUUUCAUCAAAGUCUUUCAUUAUCACUGACCUUCAAGGUGUAUUUCGUAAAGAAGAUAAUCUAUAUGAACUAACAGAUCCAGCAAUUCAUCAUCAAUUUUUGUCCCAUUAUUUCUUUGCAUUUACUAAUCUUGGAAACACUGGAAUAAACCAAUUUUUUAUAACCCACAAAUGUAAUAAGUAUUGUACAGCAUUACAAUUACCUCCUCAUCCUUUCCAACCAUCUGAGCUUUAUAAAUAA